GAACAUGUAGGCUGCCAUGCCACUACCCCUAACUGAUAUCUAGAUUCCUGAAGCUUCUGCACAUGUAGUUCCUGGAGCUGCUACUUAUUAAAAUGUCAACAUCUUCGUUUUCUAACUGGGACAACCUCUUAGAUUCUCUGAGCACAGUAUGGAAUUGGAUACAAGCAAGUUUUUUGGGAGAGACUAGUGCACCUCAGCAAACAAAUUUGGGACUAUUAGAUAAUCUUGCUCCGGCUGUGCAAAUCAUCUUGAGGAUUUCUUUCUUGAUUUUGUUGGCAAUAGGAAUAUAUGCCUUAUGGAAACGAAGUAUUCGGUCAAUUCAGAAAACGUUGUUGUUUAUAAUCACACUCUACAAACUUUACAAGAAGGGCUCAGCUAUUUUUCAGGCUUUGCUAGCCAACCCAGAAGGAAGUGGUCUCCGAAUUCAAGACAAUAAUAAUAUCUUCCUGUCCUUGGGUCUGCAAGAGAAAAUUUUGAAAAAACUUCUGACAGUGGAAAACAAAGUGAAGGACCUAGAAGGGAUAAUCAUUGCUCAAAAACCUGCCACGAAGAGGGAUUGUUCCUCUGAGCCCUACUGCAGCUGCUCUGACUGCCAGAGUCCCUUGCCCACAUCAGGGUUUACUUCCCCAUUUGAAAUGUGAUGGACUCCAAUCUUUUCCAGAAAAGCACCGUUUCCCUCAUGUGUGCAGUGGCGUAUCAAUAAAGAUAGAGAACUCUAUUGAAAUUAC